AUGGAUGACUUAAAGCUAUACUCCUCAUCUGAGAAGGGUCUCCAUCAUGCGCUCUCAGUAGUUCACUCCUAUUCCACCGACAUCGGAAUGGAGUUUGGGAUAGACAAAUGUGCCUCCUUGGAGAUGAGGAUGGGCAGGGUAGUUGACAUGGGCAAAGACGUGGACCUGAUUGAUGGAACUGUCAUCCACCAUCUAAGUGCGGAAGAGACAUACACCAAACUUGAGCUCUCUUCUCGCAACAAGGUGACGGCCACCAACACCUUUGCAAUCCCUGUCCUCGUCUACACCUUUGGUGUCCUUCAUUGGACCAUGAAAGAACUGGAAGACGUGGAUCGCGCGACCAGGAAAACCAUGAAUUUGCAUCGUAGUCUCCAUCCUAAAUCUUCCGUUCAGCGUCUAUACCUUCCACGGGAUGAGGGUGGGAGAGGCCUGCUGGGAGUAAGGCAUCUGCACGAUCGGGUGACCAUCGGAACUGCUAUUCGGCUGCUUACAAAUGGAGACGACCCCCUCCUAAGCCUUGUGAUUACUCACGAGCGCGUAGGUGGGGGAUCCUUUCUCUUCCAGACUGCGGAACGAGUCUACCAUACUAGGAAUUUCUUGAACUCUUACCAGGCAUUGGAGAAGCACUGUCGAGUGGGUUCAGGAUAUUCAGGGAUCAAGGAUGUUUAUCAGGUGCCUCCCAUGCAUGAUGAUGUCCAACAGAGCUUCUUUCUUGCUGAAACCCUCAAGUACCUGUACCUGCUCUUCAGUGAUGACAGCCUCCUACCCCUAGAUGAAUGGGUAUUCAACACAGAGGCACAUCCAUUGCCCAUCAGGGGAAGGAAUCCCCACUAUUUCUCCAAAGAUCGUGAUCCUCGUCUCCCAAGCCUUGGGGAUCUCAGUCUCUCUGGAGGCUGAGAAACCUUUUCCCACUAGAUAAAUGGAGUUGAAGAGGCACGGGUGCAAUCACUGUGAUAUUCAGCUCUUUAUCUUCAAGUUGACAGGACUCCUAUUUGUCUCUCUUGAAUCAAUUCACUUCAUUAAUCAUUUGUAGGCAGGGAAAUGUAUGUAAUAUUGGGUUGAUGUCUUGAUUGUUCACUGCUUUCUUUCAAGUUUCUCAUUUCAAAUCAGGCCCCUUUUCAAAGACUGAUUCUCUUUUGAUGCUUGCAAUAAUUUUUAGUGCUGCAGGUAUGUCAGCAUUUCCCAUGACCAAUUCUAUAAUUGAUGGAUUGCACAAAACUUCUAUCCUCCAAUUUUGUCUCUUUGCAGUAUUUAUUUUCAGAUCAUUUCCAGUUUUGUUAUGUUGAGGACACCAGCUGGGCAGUUGAAAUCCCCCCCCCCCCCCCACUGUAUUGCCUUUUUGAUUGUUUUUGUUUUUUAGUACUUCAUGGAAAAACCAAGCUAGUUUUUUGACUUAACUACUUCAUUCUCCCCUCCCCCAUGGUGUGCAGCUGUGCCCCGUAGUAGUGCAAACGGAAGAUUCAAAAGUGUGCUUAUUUCCCUUUUUUUCAUUAUUCAAUCACAGUGGUGAAGUCACAUGCCAUUUGCUGAGAACAGAUCGAGAGUAGCCAAAAUCCUUAUGUGGAUUGUGCUUCCUUCUCAUGUACUCCUCCAAGGUGAAACAUUUGGCUUUCAGACAUUGUGAGGCCCUUCUGAAUAAUGAGAAAGGCUUUCAAACCCAGGGAAUAGCAUCAUUUGCUUGUAGGCCUUUUGUAUUGGCUAGUGAGAUACCUUGGAAAUUUAGUGCUGUCACCAUAAUGUAAGUACCUCUUUACAUCACUGUAACCUUGCACCUACCUGUUGUGAAGGAAUUUUCACUUUCAGAGUCUUGUGUGAUCUUUUGCAGAUGCACAGAAUAUCAUUUCUAGAAUGAUUUAUUUUGAACUUCCUUUGUAACAAGGGGUGACAGCUUGUUUUCUUUGUGCAAGCUCAUUUGAACCUUCUUGUGUAGUAGUUCAACACCAUCAGAAUACUUUUAUUUUUCCUUUCAUCCAUACCAGCAUUCAGAGGAAGUCUGGUUUGGCUGUUCCAUUUUUUUUAGGAGAAUGGGGAAGGGCAUGGGAUACUGUAAAUUCUUUUUGCUUUUUGCUUACUGAGAUAGGAAAUGCUUUUGCCUUUUGCGUAAUUGGUCUGAAAUCUGAGGCUUCAGGAAAUCAGUAAGUUCUAAUUAAUUGUUGAGUUAUGGUUUUGCUUCAAGAAGAAAAUUUCUGUAUCAAUUUGAAAAAUAGUGUUAGUAUCGAGGUUUUGCAUAUCCUUUCAAGGCCAUUCCAUGUUGCAAAUCAGAAGGGCUUUGCAUUCAGGUUUCCUCUUGCAUUUUUAAGUUCAUAUCUCAUCAUAAGUUAUGUUUUUGUAAUUGCUAUUUUCAUUCCCUGAGGUGAUAUCCCCUUUUGUUAGUUGACACAAAUGAACCCCUCACAAGAUCUUAUUCAUUUUUGGGAUCUUUUUCUUUCAAGGGUGAUACUGUGAUGCAUCAACUGACACAAA